AUGAGUCUGUUCUCUGCGCUGUAUGAGAGCCGCUGGCUGUUGGUUUGCGCCACUCUAGUGGCCUACCUGGUCUACAAAGUCUGGGUGUACCGCCGACUCAGCGCCUUCAAAGGCCCGUUUGGUUCGGGAUGGUCCGAGCUGUGGCAUUCGGCCACCACGAUUAGCACCGAUGCGCAUGCUAAAUACAAGGAAGCAUGUGACAAGUAUGGGCCCAUCGCCCGGGUUGGCCCGAACGACCUGGUUACUUGCUCCGUGGAGCUCCUCACUCAUAUGAGUGCGGCCCGUUCCCCAUAUUCACGGUCUGUUUGGUUUGCGCGGGGAACACGGACCAGACCGGGAGAAGACCAUCUAUUCAGUGAGACGAAUGAGAAUAUUCACACACGCAGGCGGCAGCAAAUGGCAAUGGGCUACUCGGGAAAGGAGAAUCUUGAGCUCGAGGAUACGGUCGACGUGUAUAUCAAAAAGCUGAUACAACUCAUUCGGACCAAAUAUCUGUCCACCCCUGACUCCGCACAACCGUUCGACUUUGGGCAGAAAGCCCAAUACCUCGCCGUCGACGUUAUCAAUGACGUCGGCCUCGGCGCGCCUCUUGGAGACCUCGACACGGACAGCGACCAGUUCCGGUACAUCGAGACGACCGAAGCAGGCAUGAAGCUAGGGAGGCUCUCCGUAUCCCUAGGUCUGGUCUUUCUCCUACAAAGCCCCUGGAUAGCCCGCCUUUUCGGGUCGUCCGGGAAAGACGGGCUCCGCUUCGCCUGGCCGCUGCGGCACGCGCGGGCGCGCAUCAACGAGCGGCUCCGGCACGACACCGAGAAACGGUCCGACAUGCUCGCGUCGUUUGUGCGGCACGGCCUAACCGCCGAGGAGCUGGUCAACGAGUCCAUCUUGCAGCUGGUCGCGGGCUCCGACACCACCUCCACCGCGAUCCGCUCCAUUUUCCUGUACCUGCUGACCCACCCGUGCGUGUACGCCGCGCUGCAGGCCGAGAUCGACGCCGCGGUCGCGGAUGGUACCGCCCCGCCUGCUCCCGGCAUCAUCUCGGAGACGGCGGCGAGGAGCUUGCCGUACUUGCAGGCGUGCAUCAAGGAGGGGAUGCGUGUGCACGCGCCCGCCGGCAGCCCGUUUCCCAAGAGGGUGCCCGACGGAGGGGACACGGUCGUGGUGGAUGGGAAACCGGUAUUUCUGCCUGGAGGUACCAACGUUAGUGUCGCGAUGUUUGCCUUGCAGCUAAACAAGGGGAUCUUUGGUGACGACGCGCAAGAAUUCCGUCCCGAGAGGUGGCUCCUCGAGAAGGACGAGAAGAAGCUGGCCGUUAUGAACCGCACGCACGACCUGAUCUUUGGGUAUGGCAAGUACCAAUGUCUCGGGAAGCCGAUUGCGUUGAUGGAGAUCAAUAAGGCCAUGUUCGAAGUAAGCAGCGUCAUAUUCUCCUGGGUAAGGGCAAAAGACUGA